CAGUCGCUCCCUCUCCCCACCCCUUUCAAAGAGACACCCCAGGAGGAGCUAGCUGGUUUUUUGUUUUGUUUUCUCUUCCUUUCUUCCGAGAUGAUCAGUGCCCGGGGAGAGGCGUCCCGAGCGAACGGAACCAGCGCUAAGGCACGAGUCACGUCCUGAGGAGUCCACAAAAGGCGGCUCCUGGCCAACCGCUCACCCCCGAAAAGUUUCAGCGCGGUUUGUCGUGGGGAGGCGCUUCGCUUUGACUCCGGCGUGGGGUCGCCAUUGCGGGAGUGUGUGGCCAGGAAACUUGCCGAGCGGAGGACGCGGGCAGCGCGGCGCACCCAGGGAGCCCGGCCUGCCAGCCCCCCGCCAGGGAGGGAAGAGGAGGAGCGCAGCAGCUGCCAGCUAGCGCCCCUUGGCUCGGGGCCGGAGGGGGGGGGGCACAGAGGGAUCCUGCCUCCUCCGGGAUCCGCCAGGAGUUUUCUGCAACUCCCUUUGUCCUCCGAGCGCCCCGCGCUGCCUGCAGCGGCCGGAGCCGGCUUCUCUGCUCGUUGCCGGGGCAGGCUGCGCCGAGGAGCGGGGCGAUGGUGCCGAGGGCGGGCAGGAUGCGGCCCCGCCGGGCGGCCCCGCGGCUGCUCUGGCUGCGGCGGCUGCUGCUGCUGCUGCUGCUGCCGGCGGUUCGAGCCCAGGACGAGCCUUCCUGCCACGGAGCCUUUGACUUGUACUUCGUGCUGGACAAAUCUGGGAGUGUAGCACAGAACUGGAUUGAGAUCUAUGAUUUUGUAAAACAACUCACAGACAGAUUUGUGAGCCCCCGGAUGAGAUUAUCCUUCAUAGUGUUUUCCACCCAAGCGCAAGCCAUUAUGCCAUUAACUGGAGACAGAAGCAUAAUCGAGAAAGGCCUUCAAAAUUUACGGAGUGUAAAGCCAGCUGGUGAUACAUACAUGCAUGAAGGAUUAAAACUAGCAAAUCAACAAAUUGAGGGUGCAGGAGGCUCAAAGUUCUCUAGUAUAAUAAUUGCUUUGACAGAUGGUAAAUUGGAUGGUCAGAUCCCCUUGUAUGCAGAAAAAGAGGCAAAUAAGGCCAGAAGUUUAGGGGCUAGAGUUUACUGUGUUGGGGUCCUUGAUUUUAAACAAGAACAACUUGAAAAAAUUGCUGAUACAAAAGAACAAGUCUUCCCUGUCACUGGAGGAUUCCAAGCGCUUAAAGGCAUCAUUAAUUCUAUACUGAAGCAGUCAUGCACAGAGAUUUUAUAUUUGGAACCAUCAAGCGUCUGCGUGGGAGAGGAGUUUCAGGUUGUCCUCAGAGGAAGUGGCUUCAUACUGGGCAGAAGACAAGAUAGUGUUACUUGCACCUACCAUGUCAAUGGCACAACCGUUAAUGAAAAACCAGUAAGGGUGGAAUCCAGUUUUAUGCUCUGUCCAGCACCUGUCCUACAUAAAAGUGGCCAGACACUAGAAGUUUUGGUGAGUUUGAAUGAAGGACAAUCUUUGAUCUCCAGCUCAUUAACAAUCACUGCUUCGGAAUGUUCGAAUGGCAUAGCUGCCCUUAUUGCCAUUCUUGUGCUGUUACUUUUGGUGGCUAUUGGUCUUUUAUGGUGGUUCUGGCCUCUUUGUUGCAAAGUGGUCAUCAAGGAUCCUCCACCACCACCUCCAGCUCCAAAAGAGGAAGAAGAAGAAGAUCCCUUGCCUAACAAAAAAUGGCCGACAGUGGAUGCUUCCUACUAUGGAGGACGAGGAGUGGGAGGAAUUAAAAGAAUGGAGGUUCGUUGGGGUGAUAAGGGAUCUACAGAAGAAGGUGCUAGGUUAGAAAAAGCCAAAAAUGCUGUGGUGAAACUCCCAGACGAACCAGAAGAGCCCUUUCAAGCGAAACCUCCUAAACCCAAGGCUACCUCACAGGCUGCUCAGGAAAAGUGGUAUACUCCAAUUAAGGGUCGACUUGACGCACUGUGGGCUCUGUUGCGACAGCAGUAUGACAGGGUAUCUUUGAUGCGACCACAGCAAGGAGAUGAGGGCCGAUGUGUUAACUUUACCCGCGUUCAGACUCAGUAAAGGAGGCUAAGAGGAUACGAAGACGAAAAACUUCCACGCUGCCAUUCUCUAAGCAACCGAAGACAACUGAGCACGUUCCCGAAUUUCUUCGAUCAGCUUGAGCGUCUUAGCUCAGAAGAGUUUUCCAUUCCAGUCUUCCACAAGCCAGUGUUAUUGCACCAAGCUCUUGUGUUCUACUACAUCACAACAGUACUCCAUGAUUUGCAACAGUGACAAAAAGAGAAGUGUUGACCUGCAUGCUUAGGCUUUGAUAGAAAAUCCAGUACGCAUGUGUGGGGGGAGAAAAAAAAACGACCAAAGAUCAUUUUGCUUUGUUUUGAUUUUAAAAGGACUGCAAAUUCUCAGGACACAGUGUGCUUGUAGUAGAGAUGCAAAGUCUCUCAGAUGCAACAAUGGCACUUGUUAUUUAAAUAGGGACUAUUAGCCAUAGGCAGAGGGUAAAAAUUCCCACUAGGCUAAGCAAAUGCAAAAGUUCAUUGCCUUACAGCUAUGUCAGAUCACAAAAUCCUUCUGAGUCCCCCAUCGCAUUGUGCCUUACGGGAACCUUCUGACUGGAAAUCUUGUCAUUCUAGCACUGAAAAGUGCACACGCAUGACAAAAUGUAGACAGGGUGCCUCAAGGUAUUGGUAGCAAGCAAGACUUUGCCCUUUAGUUUUUGAAGACACCUUUCUUUCAUUAUGCAUCCAGGACAGGAAGAAAAUUAAUAGAGCGUUAUUCUACAGGAAGACAGCCUGUAACCAGAGAUCUUGAGCAGAGUUUGAGGGACUGAUGCGUCAAGACCUUGACACUGUGGCUGGUGGUUUUUUCUCCUUUCCUGCAUUCAGAGUUCAGUAGCGCAUAAAACAUCAUCAUCUAUAAACAUACCUAGCAGUUCUAGGCUUAUGUAUAUUUUUUUUUUUUAGAUUAAAAAAAAGCAGUAGCCACAAAGCUGGUAUCUCAGGGGUUUUUUCCCCCCCAAAUCUCCAAGGGCUCUUCAGCGUCACAAGCCAGCAACUCUCUUUGCAUGAGAAUUUCAAAGUUUAAUUAAUAUAAUUAAAAGCAACAGCAAGCAGCAGCCUGUGAAGAUUUUGCUCAUCUUUUUUAUGCCUUUUGACAUUGAAUGACCUAUUACUGUAUGCGCAUUACCCGGAUUUCGAGGGGGCACUGUGCAUUGGCUACGAUUCAGCAGUGGAAAAAGACCUCCUUUCAUCAAUUUACAAAUUAAAUUUACAGGAGCGCUGGCCAUCACAAAACAUUGACAAUGUAUGUAUUAUAAUUUUUUAGAAAAACCAGCGUCGUGUCACGUCGCCAGUGCCAAAUUAUGUUAGCGUGAGCGGAAACACUGUGGGGGAGGAAGGAGGCAGCAGCUGAAGAAAAAGGCUCAAAUGAUCCAGUCACUUUCGAUACUGUACUUCAGAUGCAAAAUGGAUAUUCAAGUCGAAACCUGACAAAGCGCGCCUGCUUUGAUGUGAACUGGUAUAGACAAUGACCAGUGGCUGGGUCAGUGGGAUGUCUCUCUGCGAGCAGGGAGGCUUAUCAAAUGACACUAAAAAUAAGUUCAACAACCAUCACGUUUGAGGGGAAAAGGCGAACAUUUCACAUUUGGUGGGCAUGCAUGUGCGCAAGAUGGAAAGAGCGAUGCAAAGCGUCCUGGUCUAAUUAUCCCCUUUGUGCUCUUCAUCGAAAUUGCAAGGGACACAAAUAAUUCUCUUGGUUGAUGUCCAAAUUUGCAGCACUGUCGAAGGAAGCCUUUACAUAUAUCCACUUGCUUACAUCUUUUGCUUGAGUUUAUUUAUGUCACUGUCGUCAUCAUCAUCAUCAGCAGCAGCAGCCAUGUGUGCACAAAGAUUAUAAAUAAAAUUCUUAGAUAA